AUGGUCACCGGGCAUAACCCUAAUUCUCUUUGCAUUGGAUUACCGAAAAAUCCGGUUCCUGAAGCCCUAGACGAUGCAUGGGAGGCCAUAAUCUUGCGAUUUCUUCUACCGGAGAGCUUGUGGAAGUUGCAGAGAUGGUUAGGGUUUGGGAAAGAAAGAAAAAUGAAUGGAGCAAGGGAAGUUGUCGAUCGGUUUUGCGCCGAGCAGAUAUCGAUGAAUAAAAAGAAAUUGAGUGAAGGAAAAUCAAGAAUAAGCUUUGCAGAUGAAGAGGGUUUCAAUUUUUUGAACUGUUAUUUGACAGGAAAUCAAGAGAAUUCUCCAAAAGUUUCUGAUGAAGUUAUGAGAGAUAACAUGGUGAAUUUUAUUUUUGCAACUGCUGACACAAGUAGUACAGCUCUCACUUGGUUCUUCUGGAUGCUUGAGAAAAACCCUAUUGUUGAGAAGAAAAUUAGGGAAGAAAUAGAAAGAAAUUUGCCACAAAAGGGAGAUGGGAAGAAUAUUAGAUUGUUCCAACUGGAGGAGUUGAGCAAGUUGAUCUAUCUUCAUGCAGCUCUUUGUGAAGCCCUAAGGCUGUUCCCUCCGGCGCCGAUACAAAUCCGAACCCCGCUUCAAUCCGAAACUUUACCAGGUGGGCAUUGUGUUGAUGAUAAGACCAACGUUCUAAUCUUCCUGUAUGGAAUGGCGAGAAUGCCAUCGGUUUGGGGAGAUGACUGUCUUGAAUACAAGCCGGAGAGAUGGAUCACGGAGAAUGGAGGGAUUAAACAUGAGCCACCACAUAAAUUCUUCUCUUUCAAUGCUGGGCCAAGGAUUUGUCUAGGCAGGGACAUUGCUUUUAAUUUAAUGAAGGCCAUUGCAGCAACAUUCAUCCAUAACUACAAUUUUCAAGUGCUCGAAAAUCACCCUGUAACCCCUACUUUAAGUGUCAUGUUUCGCAUGAAGUUUGGGUUAUUGGUUAAGGUUAGGAACAAAUCCGAUUAA